AGUCUCCCACCUAGAAAUCGAACCCGGAAGCGACACUGUAUUUACACUAGUUUUACGCUGCUGCAUACUCCGUAAUUUUGGUUUUGGCCACUCCCGAGAUUAACCAGUCGGCAGGGUCAUGCUCUUGUGGUCGGGGCCAAGCUAACGCUAGCUAGAGGCUAGUCACUGUUGACUGCCAACCACGUUCAAUGUUCACCUUUACUGGAUUUAUACAGCUGGCAUUGGUCAAGAAAGUUUAUGACUUGUCCAAAUCAACAGCAGGUUUGAGGCACAACUGGAGCUGGGCAGCGCUGGUCAUGGGGAAUACCGGUGGCCACAACACAAGCAUGCGCAUCCCCCCGGGGAAUGGCCCCCACCAGGUGGGCUGCACGGAUCUCAUGGUGGGCCAUACAAUAGAGGGUACGUUCUUCAGGCUGUACUAUCCAUGCCAUGAUUCUGAGGUAUUGGAAAGGCCAGACUGGAUCCCUACUAGGGAGUAUUUUAACGGCCUGGCCGACUUCAUGAAGAUCAACCGCUCAAUCAGUGAAAGAAUCUUUAACUACCUCUUUGGGGCAUGUGAAAUCCCAGCUGUUUGGAAUGCUUCGUUCAAAUCAUGUGGAAAGUGUCCAGUGGUCAUCUUCUCACAUGGACUGGGUGCUUUUAGGACUUUGUACUCAGCCAUAUGUUGUGAACUGGCCUCCCAAGGGUUCAUUGUAGCUGCUGUGGAGCAUAGGGACGAAUCUGCGUCAGCAACGUUCUAUUUCACGGAGAAGAGCGAAGUGGAGCAGCAGAAGGAGCAGGCCUCGUGUAAGCCCUCCAGCGUGAACCCCCCUCAUCUCCAGCAGCAGUGGAUGUACUAUAGACCCCUGAAACCUGGGGAGCGUGAGUUCCCCCUGAGGAACAAACAGGUCAAGCAAAGAGCAGAUGAGUGUAUAAAGGCUUUGGACCUUCUCAUCGAGAUCAACACAGGAAGCCCUGUGGAGAAUGUUCUGCGCACCCAGUUUGAUUGGUCGACACUGGAGGACUCUAUGGACCUGUGUAAAAUUGCCAUUAUGGGUCAUUCGUUUGGUGGAGCCACCGUCAUUGAAGGUCUAUGUAAGGAAGUCAAAUUCAAGUGUGGCAUUGCACUGGACGCCUGGAUGUCGCCAAUAGAUGAGGAGAUCUUUCCGCGAGUCAAGCAGCCCAUCUUCUUCAUCAACUCUGAGAAGUUCCAGUGGGCUGGCAAUAUUGCGCGCAUCAAGAAGCUGGACUCUGCAUUCUUUCCCCGCAAAAUGAUUACGAUCAGGGGCACAGUGCACCAGAGUUUUCCAGACUUCACAUUCCUGACGGGAAACUGGCUGGGCAAGCUGCUGAAGUUGAAAGGUGAACUCGACCCUAAUGUGGCGAUGAACCUGUGCAACAAAGCUUCCUUGGCAUUCUUGCAGAGACAUCUGUCUCUUGAGGGAGACUUUAAUCAGUGGGACACACUGAUUGAUGGGAAGGAUGACAACUUAAUUCAAGGCACCAACAUUACUGUUCUGCAGUCGUCCAUAUGAAUUGUAUCCUCCAGAGGGAAGGAGAGCCCUUUUGCACCAUUUUUAAAAAAAAAUGUUUUUAAAAGAAUUCCCAGUGGAACUGGGGGGCAGUAAAGGCAAGCAGCAUCUACUCAUUUCCUCCCUCAGAGGAACAUGAAUGGUCCGGCCCAAAAAUGAGUGACACUUUUGAUAAGGAUAAUGUGUGAAUACAUGGAUAAGUUUUAAACUACAUGUAUAUCAGUACCACUAUUUUUGUUUCUACAAUUCUAAAUCCUACUCAGUUUAUUCAGGGAAGAAAGCAUGUAUUUGACGUGUACAUGACUGUAUGUGUACAGGAGGCUAUGAGCCAAUGCUGGAGAGGAGUCUUGACUUUAUGGACCUAUAUUGCAACUGUGCAGGUUUACCGUUUGUCAGAAUUUAGUAUACGCCUUAAAUGAACUGGGCUUAGAACAUCAGAAUAUUCUGCUCAUUAGCACUUCCUCUCAAAAACAUCUUUAUGAAUCCUUCAUUUCUUAAUAGAAAAAGGGUUAAAUGUUCCCUGGGUUGAAAUGGGUAAAGGUUUUGUAAAAGCAGCUGACUACAGCUCUCCUUGGUUGGUUGGUUGUAGUAAAAUAGACUUUCAGAAAUCAUGAUUAUGCUAUGGGAUAUUGUAGAGGGGAGAAGGGGUUUAAAGGUUGUCUUUUGAAAGUCAGAAAUCACUAUCCUUCCCUCGUGCCUUACGCUGGUUUUUAAAUUUCAACUCAUUCUCCAUUGUAAUAUUACAACCAACACUGUAUGCCAAAUAUUAAUUUAGAUCUUAGUACUUAACACUACAGUACUUUCAAGUUAUUUGGCUUUGUGCUUUAAUUACACGAACACAUCUCUAGCUCUUUCCUUUCAGAUAACUGAAUACCAUGUAACAAGACAUCAGAUGCCAUCCAUAUUUUUCCUCAAUGAUCACUAUAAAAAUAAAUCUACCUGUCCUCCUUGUAAGGCACAUUCAUUAUAUGUUUUCACUGUACUUUGCAAUUGUUCAUUAAAAUGGGAAAAAAUUA